AUGUCCAACGAUAUUUCCACUAUUCUAGGAACUUUAAGGCUAGAGGCUGCUCCAGAGCUUGCAGGCUUGUUUUACGAGUUUGAAAGCUUUUAUGAACAAAAGUUAUGGCAUCAGCUAACAGAAAGACUUGAGGUUUUCUUUCAAGACGAAAGAUCUGGUCCUCUAAGACUCAGAGUCUAUGAUACCUUUGUUUCUAAGUUUCAAGACAAGGUCAAUCAAUUGAAAUUGGUGAGCUUCUUACUACUUUCCCUUAAGGCCAGCAACGAUUCGCAAGCAGCUUUAGAGUAUCUCACAGAUCUGCGCAAGAGCUUCAAAGAAAUGGAUGAGAGGAAGCAGAGAAAUGACGGAUUGAAAUCACACUACAACGGAAUUUUGCUUAUAGAUACUGAAAUUGCAAGAUUAUACUUGGUACAAGGCGAUUUGGUCAAAGCGAGAGACUCGUUAGACGACAUCGAAACCACGCUGGAAGUACAAGACUCUUUACCUUUGCAAGUGACCAGCGCUUUUUACUCUGCAAGUGCAGAAUACUUUCAGGCUAAAAAAGACUUCAACUCCUUUUACUACACUAGUCUGCUAUAUCUGUCAACUGCGGAGACUAUGCAGGCCACACAGGAUUUUUCGAACGUCAGACGCCAAGAACUGGCAUACAAUCUAUGCAUUGCCGCCUUACUGGGUGACAAAAUUUACAACUUUGGUGAGCUGCUGCACCAUCCUAUCAUGGAAAGCAUCUCUACGGAUCCACAAUUUAAUUGGCUCUUUCAGUUCCUGAACACUUUGUCAAACGGAGACUUUGACAAAUUUGACAAAAUCUCGAAAGACAGAGUACCUCAAGUUCCCGUCUUAUCUACGCAUGAAUCAUUUUUGAGACAGAAGAUCUGUUUGAUGACCUUAGUCGAAAGUGUCUUUGUCAAAAACAUUAGAACUUUGUCAUUUGAGGACAUUGCAACGGCUACGCAUCUGCCCAAAGACAAUGUUGAACAUCUGGUUAUGAGAAGUAUUAGUCUAGGUUUGUUGAAAGGCUCUAUUGACCAAGUAACCGAAUUGGUCACCGUAACAUGGGUACAGCCGCGUAUUAUUAAUGCGGACCAAAUCAACAAAAUGAAACAGAGAUUGGUGGAAUGGAACCAAGAGGUCUCUAAGCUCGGUGAAAAGAUCGAAGCCCGCGGGAAAUCUAUUUGGGUUUGA